GUGUUUUGAGCGGUGCUCGCGAGCGUUACACACCGAAAACGAAAAGAUUGUUUAAAUGUUUUUAGUUUAAACAUUCACAAGCGUCGUCGUUGUUGCCGCGCGCAUUGCCAUAAUAUAAAAAAUAAACCGUAAAUUAAUUUCUUUUGUCGCUCUCUCCGGUUCCGUUGGGUGUCUGCGCGUCCCAACGAAUCUCCGAGACACGGCGGCAAGCAAAUUUGAUUAGCAGCGCUAUCAAAAAAGUCCAAAUUGUAUUUUUCGCGCUUCGACGUGUGUUGGCAUUUAAUCAGCAAAAAUUCAGUGUUCGGUGUUUCCAAUAAUUGGGCGAAAUCUAUAAAUCGAAAGAGAAUCUGAAGGCCCCCGAAAAAAACUUCCGUUUGUCACCUUAAAAGGCAAUCAUAAUAAUAAAAUAAUUAAAUCGAAAUCCAAAAGCAAAACCAAAACCAAAGCCAAAGCUCAGUGCUAAUGUGUAACGAACGUGUAUGCAAAUAUAUUCUCUUAAUUGUGCAACAACAACAGCAACAGUGGAGUCUCAACAAUUGGCACAAUUGGCGAUAAAUCAGCAGCAGCAGCAGCAGUAACACAAUAAAAACAACAACAAACGCCAAGAUAGCAAAGCUACAGAAGAAGUCAGUGUGAACUUUAGCAGGCGCAGCAGAAAAAAAACACAAACAAAAAACGAAAUAAUAGCGACGUUGCACAUGAAGAAAGGGAAAACGAAUAAAUCUACUAACAACGAAAACAACGAGCUGGAGUAAGAUAGCAGAUCUGGCCCUCAUUAGCAUUCUCAGGCAUUCAAGAGCAAAAGAAGUGCAAGCUAAUGGAAGAGAGUGAAAUGCAGGUGUAGUGAUAAGCCGGAGAGAGCAGUUAAGUCAAGAAUAAGCUCAAGAGAACUAAAGAAUCUGCAUAAAGUUCUUCCAAGAGAAAGUAAGCAGUUUAAGGCAAGCCAGGAUCGAGGAUUAAUCCUAAGGGAAAUGUGCAAAGCAGUGUAAGCAGCAGCAAGGAUUGACUCAAGAGAGAGCAGGUUUAAAAACAGUAGGCUCAAGAGAGAUCAAGCCUUCCGCACACUUGACUCUUGAGUAUCGAUUUCACAGCCUGGCGCUGUUGUUCCCAGUUGCCAACACGCGCUGACAGUUGACAAUUUGACAGUUGGCAGCUGCAGCGGGGCAGGGGGUGGGGCCAUCAUCAGUAUGUGGCCCUAGACAAAAAACAGCAACAAAAAAACAGCAAAGACAGCUAAAAGAAAAAAGAAAACAAAAUAAAAUAAAAGGAGAGAAAAAGGAGGAGGAGAACCACUUGGCAUUCAACAGGCAGCGAAGCAUAACCAGGCUUGGUUGGGCCCAGACCGGAAAGCGUCGAUGAGUUGAGUGAAGCCACUCAUACCACUCUCCACUCACUCCACUCUCCCACACUCCUCGAAUCCCUUCCUCCCCCCGCAAUGGAUGCAUCGCCCUUGUCGCCGGAACAGGCACCCGUCCUGGUUACUGGCCGCUCGCUGGACCAGCAGGUGGACGCCAGUUCACCAAAUCACUCGAACUACUCGAAUCUCACCAACAGCAGCAGUGGCAGCAGCGCCUGUAGUCCCUCUGCCUGCUCCUCCUCGUCCUCGUCUUCCUCGGCGCCGCAGUACAGCGAGGAUAUACGUCGCGCGGCGGCUGCUGUGCGUCCUACUCCAGGAGGAGCACCGCAGCCUGGCUCGACUUCUGGUUCAGGCUCGGGUUCAGGCUCAGCCAAGACCUGCGAACUAGACUUGGGUGAGGAGCGUGACACCUUUUCGCCCGUCUCCAGUCCCGACUGCAAUGGAGCUGCGGUCUCCGCCACAGAUGUGCUGCCCUCGGGCAGUGGCUCCAACGUGGACAACAAGAUAUAUGAGGGUGCCAGUGCUAGCAAGGUGAAGCCACCCUCCAAGGAGGAGAAGCAGCGCCAGAACGAGGAGAUUGUGUGCAUGGAGACGUCCACAGUGUCAACGGAGACAGGAUCCUGGGAGUCCAUGUAUCCGGCAGCUAACACAGUACUAGCACCCGAGGAGGAGCCAGAGGAGAACACAGAGAACACCACGCCUUCCGUUUUCAAGGGCAUCACCGCCAGCUGCUUGCUAAGGGAUCUGGAGAAGCGGGAUCAGCCGCUGUCCACCUCCGGCACCAGUGCUUGCUUCAUAGAUGCCUCCUCCUUGAGGGAUGAGGACGAAGUGCUGUCUUUUCCCAGCCUAGAUGGUCAUGCUCAGGAGGAACCAGAACCACAGCAGCCGCAACAGGAGGACGAUGAGCAGCAAGAGGAGGCAGAGCCCUCGCCCACACAGCAGCUGGAGCAGUUCCACAAGGCCUUUGCCAGGUGCAAAGCCAGCCGACAGAGCCAGGAGCAAGAGGAGCAGCCUGAGCAUGAGGAGACCGCCGAGGAGCGACCGGCAGCGCCCAUGUCCGUGCCCUACAGCUUCCAGCACAAUGCCCAGCAUUUCAGCGUGCAUCCGUUGGGCAGCAGUCCGAAGUUCACGCAGCACCACCAGAGCCAGCACCAUCCCGAUCUCAGCUACACCACGGACUACUCCUCCAGCAGUCCAGCUCCAAGUCUGGUGUGGUCGGAGCAGGGCAGGAGUCACCAAGGAGCCUCUGUAUCCGCCUCGGCCUCCACGCCGCACAACUCCAUGGUGCACAUUGAGCCGGCGUCCGUGGGGAGCAACAACUCGUCGAUCCACCGGGAUUACACGCUGUCUUCCUCUCUCUCUCACCACCGGGACUCGGGUGCAUACUGCAGCGAUGCCACCGACUCGCCGCUGCCCCUGCCCCGUACUCCCAAGCGGAGCUCCAAGUUCGACGAGGCCAAUCCCAUAGUUUCGGGUGGUGCCUCCAUUGAGGAUUUCAGGGAAAAGCAGUGCGAGAGUCCCAGCAUCAAGAGGCGCACGGAUACUUGUCCAAUUGUUUCCGGGGGCUUUGUGUCCCUGGACUUUGCGCCCACUCGCCCGCUGGCUGAUGAGGAUGAUGAUGAAGAGGACUUGGGCGAGGAUCCAGAGAUUGCCGGUGUGGAGAUGCGCGUGAAGCGUAAGCCCGUGUCUGGUAUAGCUUCCUGGGUGGUGGACAUGAGCGACUGCCGCCCGGAACGGCGACGCAGCACCAGCAGCACCACCUCCAGCUUCCGAGAACGCUCCGACUCUAACAGCUCGCACAAGAGCGGAUGUGGCUUCUACGUGUCCCUGGAUGACAUGGACAGGAAGCCGCAAGAGCAACCAUUGGCAAAGCCAGCUGCUGGAGCAAGUCCUGCUCCCUCGCAGCUAAGCAAGUCUUAUACAGCUCCCAAGUCGGCGGGUUUCUUUGUGGAUCUCUCGCAGAGCGGCAGGGAUGAGGAGCAGGCUCAGAAGGAACGGGAUUUAGCCCAGGCUAGGGAGGAACCCAAGCCGGAACCGAAGAAUAUAUUCAGCAUGUUUAUAGACUUUGGAGAACAGAAAACGCCGCGCUCCAAUGGGCGCAAGGAGCCGCUGAGUCUUGCCCAGCGUCUGUCCAGUUCCCUGAGUUCCUCUACACCCCAGCGAAGGGGAAAUGGCGAGGUUGAGGUGAUGAAGUCAAGCGCUAGUUCCACGGAGACCCUAAUGGCCAAGAGUGCCAACCAGAAGGAACUCUCUUCAGGCGAAAGCAAAUCCCUGGAUUAUAGAUGCAAUCUGGAGCCGCCACUGACGGUGGCUGCUUUGCGUCGUCUAUCCCAGCAACAGCGCCAGCAAAGCGAUCCUGCCAAGCGGCACAGCUGGGGCAGCAACAAUGGAUCAGGACCAGGAACUGGCAGCGAGUGCAAGCGAUCCAUUAGCCUCACGGCCAAUGGGGGAGCAGAGUCCUCUUCCUCGGGCCUGAUGAGCAUCAUAGACAAGCUGCCCAUUAUUUCAAAGGCAUCCUCUUUGUCCAUCGAUAGUUCCGUGUCCCCUUACGAUGACUUUAGUGGCUCCAAUCCCGGCCUGAGCAGCUGCUCGGAGGAGGAGCAGGCCCAGGCCCAGCAGGGCAGGAUUAAGAAGCGGCGGAAAGAUGUGCAGCUCAAUGAGACCUAUGACAAGUCGAGUCUGGCCUCGGUCACCGAGGGAGUGCUCUCCAAGGACAUGUCGCCUGCCUCCAACACGGACACGGAUGAUCUCACCUUCCAGCAGGACGAGCAGCUGGCCAAGGAGCAGGCAGCAGAACUGGUGGCACUCCCCGUGUCCAUACAGCUCACCAGCAGCAGUUCCAAUCGCACCAGCAGCGUGAUGGAGACCAUAAUCGAGGCCAAGGAGACGGCCUCGCCCAAAAAGCAGGUUACCCUAAGCAAUGGCCACACCAUGGAAUCCCUGCAGGCCACCAUCGAGAAGCAGAAGCAGCUGCUGGAGACAGUCAACGAACAUGGCGAGCCACAGGCUUCCCAGCAGGCUCAACAGCAGCCCUCACAGAUCCCCUCCAGCUUUGUGAAGCUCUCGGACAUGGACAAGCCGGUGAAGCAUGAUCUCCAAUCGCCGGAUUCCAUGAGCAAGAGUGUGGGCAAUAACCACCGCAGCUCUCAGCUGGGGCAGAGGCUCUAUCGGGACGAGAACCGGGCUCGUCCUCACUCGUGGGCCAUGACCCGAUCCACGGGAAAUACCCUGCAGAACUUUACCAACUCGGUGGACAACAUUAGGAGCCUUUCCCGCCUGUUUCCCAACUUCUCCAAGGAGUUCUCCAACUCCCUGCCCAACGAUAUGACCUUGGAUCAGGUUCAGGCACAGCAGCAGCAGGUGGACUACAUCCAAACGGAUCUCAGUGCGGACUCAAGUCUGGCCUCCAGCUUUAGCAGAUCGGGCAUGGAUGAGUCCUCGCUGAGCUGCCGGCAGCCCCGCCGCUUGGGUGAAGACUUGCUCAAGAUGUUUCUGCAGGAGAUAGCCACGGAUAUGCUGGUGGAGGUGCAUGGACGUAGGAUACGCGCACACAAGUGCAUCUUGCGCUCCAGGUGUCAGUACUUUGCCGCCAUGCUGGCGGGUCAUGGAGCCCAGAGCGUGGUCUCCUUGCAAGGUUACUCCUAUGCGGCUGUGCACUUUGCGCUAUGCCACAUUUACUCGGGGGCUUCGCACCCGCCAGAUGGGAUUAGUUUGAUGGAGCUGGCAGCAUUGGCUGAUCUGCUGGGCUUGGAGGGUCUCAAGGAGGUCACCUCGCAUGCUUUGAAGACGAACUACUGCCACAACUUCCACAAGCCCUGCUCUGGGUGCACUGAUGGGAUUCUUCAGGUCCUGCCCGUGGCCUUGAACCAUGCUCUGGAUGAUUUGUACAGGAAAUGCCUGCGCUGGACUUGUCGCCACUAUCUGAAGGUGUGGCCCACUCGACAGUUUGCCCAGCUUCCACCGGAUAUCCUGGGAAGGUGUCGUCAGCAAAUCGUGGCUUAUUUGACAUCCGAGACCGUGCUGGACACGGUGCUCGACUGCGACCACUUGCUGGCCCAGCUUUCAGCCUACCGCUGGGGCCAUGUCUGCGAGCAGCUAGUACGCGACAUCCUGGAUGCUGCCUAUGCCUAUGUGGGUGACCACUUUGCCAGCCUCAUAGCCAGCGAUGCCUUCUUGUCUUUAGGACACGAUCGCAGCCGGCAUAUUCCCCGCCUGGAGACGCUUCUGCUGCACACCGCCGCCGAACUAACCCCAGAGCAGGCCUGCAGAAGCUAUCAGCGUGUAACCCGCUUGAACACUGUGCUCCAAGCCAAGCUUAUACACAUGCCUGCCAGCCUGGGUCAGUCUGAGCUGGCUCGGGAGCUGCAGGGCCUGCAGGAGGAGCAGCUGGACUGGCAGCCGGAAUACAUACGUUUGGUGGGUGCCCUUGUCUAUGCCGUGGAACAGUGCCUCAUACGGCAGUGCUCACGGGCCAUGCGGGUCACAGCCUGGCAGCGCAUGGAUUUGGAGCUGCGCAAAAAGAUUCAGACUUUGGCCCGUCUCACCGAGCCGCUGGACAUGAAGCGGCAGAAUGGCAAGCCAGUGGGCAAGGCCUUCUCUUUCGGAGGCAGCUCAAGAAGCCAGGAUCUGGUGCAGAUCAAGCUGGCCAUCCAAGCGCAGACCAAGCGAGCCCAUGCCCAGGAGGCGCAGCUGUACAAGGCCACCCAGACGCAGGAGGCAGUGACUGGUCAUGUUCAGACCGCGGAUAGGGGAGUGCAGGCGAAUCAUGAGUCCCGAGACGGAGGAAGCAAAAUCCUCAAGUCCAACUCCCGGGCCUAUGUCCCACAUCGCGCCAGCUCUCAGGUGGCCUCGGAACGCCACAGCUUGAAUAUGCAUAGACGCACCCAGUCAGAGGCUCCGCCGGUGACGAACAAGAAACUAAUUCCAGUAGCGACGGAAACCAAGGCUGCUGCUGCUGCUGCUGCUCCAGCAAAGCCUAUAACCGCCACCACCAAACUAGCCGAAGUCCGACCUCGUUACCUGGAACCCCGCAAGCCCAGGGCUGCAGCCACCAAUGGCCAUGGGUCUGGACCAGUUCGCAGUGCCACCAGCUCCAGUAUUCCCGCCAAUGGGGGGAGAAAAGCGCCAGCUAAGAACCUGCACAUCUCCUCCAGCGAUAGCUCAAGAAACUCGAGUCCAGCGGCUCGUCGAGUGCAGCAAAAUGGAGCACGGCUGGGGAACAAGUCCAGCAAUCUCUCCAUGGACAGCUUGGCUUCGCCGGCGCGUCGAGCCAAGAGCAACUCGCGAGGACCGCAGGACAGGUACUCCUCCGACCAAAACUCCCUGGCGGAGAGCAUGAAGAGCUCUGUAAUUACCAACAAAACGAUCUCACACGAGUCGCUCUCCAGCAGCUCAAAGCUGGCCAAGAUUCAGCAGCUGAAUGGUCAUGGAAAAGUCAAUACCCCAGGCAAGUUGAAGGCCACGCAGCGAGGCUCUACAGUGGGCAACAAGUCAACGCGGCAGCUGAAGCAGCAGCACAAUGCAGUGGUGGCCUCCAAUGGAUCCAGUCCCAGUUCCGUGCACACCACCAAGUCGGCAGCCAGUCGCCUGUCCUCGGUGAGCAGCACGCUCUCCACAAGAGAGCUGUUCAAGCAGCGCUCCAUUUCAGUGCCGGCGGGUGGAACAGAUGCCACCGGAGGAGGACCGAACAAGGGACGCCACAGCUUUCUUUCGGCCAAAUCCCGCGAGAUACUGGCCAAGCGAGCGGAGAAGAACAAGCUGCAACAGCAGCAGCAGCAACAGAAGCAAACCGAAGCUCCAGGGGAAGAGCAAGUGCAACUACGCUCUUCCGCUGGACCCCUGCGCUCCUCCUCACAUUCCGCGGUGACCAGCAUGCUACAGCAGCAUAACCUGCGCAACAGUCUGCCCUCCAGCAUACCCACCCGGCGUCCUAACACUUUGCAUCUGAAGAAGACCACAGCCACGGUGACCAAUGGAGUGGGCACCACCAAUGGGCUCACGAAUGGAUCCUACAAGUCGGCCCAUGCGGUUAAACAGAAGCUGGAUCUGCUCAUCGAUGCCCAGAUGGAGGGCGUGGCGCCGGCGCCCAAGGAGCGAGUAGAGUCCAAGCUGGAGCGUUCGAGUACUUUUUGUAAGGACAGCGCGGAUUUGGACAUGAGCGAGCUGCAGAUUGUGGAGUAAAAAAGGAAGAGGAGCUACAAAAUCAAUAGGAUAAUGGGGUUGUAUUAAAUAUGACUCCCGAAAGGAAGAGAGAAUCCAACAACCCGAACCCAGAACCGUAAACGUCCCAUAAGGCAACACUAGUCAAUAAUCUAGCAUAGGCAGCUGCCGCAGGAAUGAUAUUUAAAGGAUAAAGCAUACUGAACCGAAGAUGUUACUACUACCAACGGACAAAAAUAUAUAUAUGAAUAAAAUAUAUUCCAAAAGUCCCCGCGGAAUCAAGUUAUAUAGCCGUUGAACCCUAAGCCAGCCCCACUUAAAGAUAUAACUAUAUAUAUUAGCUUAUGGCGAGGAUAGAAUGGAAAACAGCUAAACGAAAAAGAAAACAAAACUGAUGAAUGAAAACAAGUAUUUGGUGAUAUUAUUUAGAGUGCGCUUUAUGUUUACAUUUAAAUGCUAGCAGCAAUAUGUGCUUAUAUUAUAUAAACCCAUAAACCAGCUCUCUACUCAAAGUACGAACCAGCGAUGGCGCUUUGCAGGCUGCAUUUAGAGACUCCUCUAAGCUCUCUCCUUACCCCCCGCUUGAUAUGCUAUAUAUACUAUAUAGAAGAGGGAUCUCUUGAACUCCUUUUUAUACUGUUGUUUAUUUAACUUGUAUUCGUACUCUUAACAACAAUGGCGCAUUACUUCAGCAAGGCAACCAAGAAAACGUCUCUUUUACACAUAAUUAAUAUUAUUUGAUACAAUUAAUUUAUACAUUUUAAUUAGUUUCGGUUAUUAUAUACUUAGAACGAAGCACACGAAAGAGUGUUUUUUGUAAGCAACGGCAUUGAUAAAUUGAUAUAUUGAUAAUGAAGUGCAAGAAGUAAUAAAUGUGUGUAUUUAUUAAAAGUUACCAUAUAAAACGAAAGGGGUUUUACUGUGCGUUAAUUAAGAAUUUAUUUCAGAGCUUGAAAAAUUCGUUUGGCGUUUUACUAAGAGUUCUUAAAGAGGCGUCCUGGAUCAGCUCUUUUCUUUUAACUUGAUGUUGAAGCUAUGACUCUCUCCGGCUCUCUUAGGUUUCUUUUCAGUUGAUCUUGAGUCCAUCUUACGAGCUCUCUCUUAUUUCUAUAGCUGUUCUCUGCCCUUGUAGAAGGGAUCUGGCUGGAAAUCUGGUCAUUGAAAACUGAUAAGACCAAAGGGAAAGGAAUUUACCAUAUAAAACAAAAGGGUUUUUACUGUAGCGCAUGGUUAAACGUUUAUUUCAGAGCUCGUAAAGUUUGUUUUGCGUUUUACUAAAAGUUAUCAAAGAGAAGUCUUAGAACGACUUAGAUCCAGCUCUCUUAAGUUUCUUAAUGGUUGUUCUGUGAGAGCAAGU